AUGGGAACGUCUUUAAGAAUUCCUAGAGUAAAGGCUCUUAUAAAAGAAUUUGCUAGUGCGGUUCAUGAUCGAAAAGGUUACGUGAUAUUGGUGAAUGCUACAGAUGUAGUUACUAAAGGAUGGAAUGGAGUCAUUGACUAUCAAAUAGAAGGUACCUGCGAUGAUGACAAAAAGCAAGUAGGAAAAAAAAGAAAGAACAGAGUGAAAGUCGAGACAGGCAUAUUGAAGAAAAGAAAAUUGCAGCAUAGUGAAACUGAAAAAUAG